UUUUUUUCGUCGGGGAGACCUCACGCUCACCAGCAGGCCCCCCUCCCUAUCCCUCCACCCAUCACCGCGAUGCCGCCCAAGUUCACCGCAAACCCGCUCAAGCCGUCGCGGUACCGCGCCGGCAAGCCGACCCAGCCCGAAUCCGAAUCCGACUCCGACUCUGACGGCGACAGCGAGGAUGGCGAGCAGCAACAGAAACAGACGCAGCAGCAGAAGAAGCCGGUGACCAGCAGGCCGAGCGGCGCCGGCAAGGUGAUCUCGACCGGCAGCAGCGCACUGGCCUCAGUCGACCUGGGCAAGCGGCGCGCCGCGGCGGACAAGGCCGAGGCGUCGCGCGCGACAGCGGCGGCCGACGCCGAGCGCAGGGCCGCCGAGGAGGGGUUCGUGACGGAGAGCGAGGGCGAGAGCAGCAGCAGCGGGUCCGGGUCCGAGGAGGAGGAGAGCAGCGGCGAGGAAGAGUCCGAGGAGGAGGAAGAGGCGCCGCGCCGCCGACUCAUGUUCCGCCCCAAGUUCGUGCCCAAGGCCAAGCGGGCGACGAGCGAGGAGGGCGGCGGCGAACCCACAGCAGAAGCGGGCGGUAACGACGACGGUGACGAGGAGAAGAAGAAGAAGCAGGCGGCGCUAGACGGGGCCAUCGAGGAGCAGAUCCGCAAGGAGGCGGCGGCCAAGGCGGCCGGGCGGCGGCACUGGGAGAACGACUCGGACGAAGAGGCACGCGCGGGCGGCGGCAAUGGCGACGGCGACGGCGACGGCGACGGCUUCGUCGACGACACGGACGACAUCGACCCGGACGCCGAGCGCGCGGCCUGGAAGCUCCGCGAGCUCCGGCGGCUCAAGCGGGAGCGCGAGGCCAUCGAGGCGCGCGAGCGCGAGCGCGAGGACCGCGAGCGCCGCGACGCCAUGACCGAGGACGAGCGGCGGGCCGAGGACGAGGCGCGCGCGGCCGCCCGGCGCGACGAGUCCGAGGCCGGCCGGGGCAAGAUGGCCUACAUGCAAAAGUACUUCCACAAGGGCGCCUUCUACGCCGACGAGCAGUCCAGGGAAGGGCUGGACCGCAGGGACCUGGCGGGCGCGCACUUCGCCGACGAGGUGCGCAACCGCGAGCUGCUGCCGCAGGCGCUGCAGAUGCGCGACAUGACCAGGCUGGGCCGCAAGGGCGCGAGCAAGUACAGGGACCUGAGGUCCGAGGACACCGGGCGCUGGGGCGACGCGCCGCCGGACAAGGACCGCUUCGGCAGGGGCCGCGCCCCGGGCGAUCGGUUCGCUGCCGAUGAGCGCUUCAGGCCCGAUGGGGGUGGUGGUGGUGGUGGUUACGGGCCAGACGGCGCAAAGGGCGCCAACGCCAUCCCGCUCGGUGACCGCAAGCGUGCGGACCGCGACGGCGGCGGCGGUGGCGGUGGGAGGGAGCGCGGGGACGACGACGGCGGCGGCGCGCCGAGAGACUCGUACCGCUCGCGGCGAGACUACGACGACGGCGAUGACAGGAGGAGACGCAGGUCGCGAUCCCGGUCGAGAUCUCCCAGGCGGGACGGCCGCGACCACAGCCGCGACCACAGCCGCGAGCGCAGGAAGAGGCCGACCUCGCGGGGCGGGGACAGGGGUCGCGACGACGGCGAGAAGCGGAGGAGGGUCGAUUCGAGGUGAAGCGGCUGCUGCCUUUUUAUAUUUGAAACCCCAAAUAUAUAUAAUUUCCGUUCAUAUACAACUCGAGAACGGCGGGGCCUUGUAAACGCCGGGUCCCCAUACAUUGCAAGACUCGAAGCCAUACUAUUACGUUUGUCACAUUAUGCUUUGUUUGUAUUAGAUCCUAGUGAUUUCUACCCUCGCCCGCUUAUAGAUGUCGUGCCCGACCAUUC